AUGACCUCUACUCCAGUUGAAAACGGUUUCCACUAGUUACCCCAGCCACAAAAUAUUAAUUGGCUUUAUCGUAAAAAUGUAUGAAAACAACCAUUUGCUUUUUGGUUUUAAUUUUGGGGUUAGGCUUGAGAUUAGCAGUCUGGUCAAGGUAAGGGUUAAGAUCACAUUUUAAGAAGAUAAAUUGUAGAAAUAGUCGGGGUUUAUGACUUUGUGGCUGUGUCACCUAGUGACGACCGUUCAAAACACUCGGGAACCGAGGUUGAAUGAAUGGAUCAUUUAAAUAUAAUUGCAGCAACCGGGAAGCAGUUUGAUUUACAAAUUCAUUACUCUUAAAUAUGACUAACUUUAGAAAAGGCUUAUGUGCUCCGCGACGCUCGAUUUUCGACUCGGGGAGCUUAAUGUGACAGGUGUCGGCGUUGAGUCCUUUUCAGCACCACUGCAUCAACAUGAACAUGAGAACGUAUGAAAGCUGGUGGUUCCUUUUAACAUGAGUCUUCAAUAUUCCCAGGGUGUGAUUGGUGUGCAGCUGGUGGUUACCAUGGUAAUGGCCAGUGUCAUUCAGAAGAUCAUACCUCAUUAUUCCUUCGCAAGAUGGCUGCUCUGCAGUGGAGGUCUUCGGUGGUACCAGCACCCUACGGAAGAUGAGUUGAGGAGCCUUGCUGGAAAACAGCAAAAAACAAAGAGCAAGAAGGACCGGAGGAACAAUGGCCACAUAGAUUACAAGCCUCUGACCAUUCCCAAGGACAUAGACCUGCAGCUGGAGACCAAGUGCAUCACAGAAGUGGAUACGUUAGCGUUGCACUACUUCCCAGAGUUCCAGUGGCUGGUGGACUUCACGGUGGCAGCCACAGUGGUGUAUCUAAUCACAGAGCUGUACUACACUGUGGCCCAGCCCUCAGGAGAGAUGAACAUCAGUGUGGUGUGGUGCCUGCUGGUCCUUGCCUUUGUCAUUAAGACUCUGUUCUCCCUGACGGCCUUCUACUUCAAGCUGGAGGAGGGCGGUGAGCGCUCGCUCUGCAUCACCUUCGCUUUCUUCUUCUUCGUCAAAGCCAUGGCCAUCCUCAUCGUCACCGAGAACUACCUGGAGUUCGGCCUGGAGACAGGUUUUGCAAAUUUCUCCGAAAGUGCCACACAUUUUUUAGAGAACCAGGGGUUGGAGUCCCAGGGUCCCAUAUCUAAACUCACCUUUAAGCUGAUCCUGGCCCUGCUCUGCUCUCUGAUUGGUGCAUUUCUCACCUUCCCCGGCCUACGAUUGGCCCAAAUGCACCUGGAUGCCCUCAACCUGACCACAGCUAAAGUCACACAGACCUUGCUUCAUAUCAACUUCCUGGCCCCUCUUAUUAUGGUAUUGUUGUGGGUCAAGCCCAUAACCAAGGACUACAUCCUGAACCCUACCCUGGGGAAGGAGAGUGUGCCUUUGAUGACUGAGGAGACGUACGAUACGUUGCGUUUAUGGACCAUCCUGCUGCUGUGUGUGCUGCGCCUGGCUAUGAUGAGGCACCACCUCCAGGCCUACCUCAGCCUGGCCCAGAAGGGCGUGGAGCAGAUGAAGAAGGAGGCGGGGCGCAUCAGCACCGUCGACCUGCAGAAGAUGGUGGCCCGUAUUUUCUACUACCUAUGUGUAAUCGCACUGCAGUAUGUGGCACCCUUGGUGAUGUUGCUGCAUACAACCUUGCUUCUAAAAACCUUAGGUGGACACUCCUGGGGUGUGUACCCUGAGGAAGACUUCCCCUGUCCGCUGGACUCUGACCCUGCCAUGGUGGCAGCACCAACUGCAGCUCCAGGGCCGGAGGUGGAGGCCCACCUGUCAGUGGCUCUCGGGGGCCUGCGGACAGUGUUCACCCCCCUGCUUUUCCGCGGCCUCCUCUCCUUCUUCACCUGGUGGAUCGCUGCCUGCCUCUUCUCCACAUCAAUAUUCGGCCUCUUCUAUCAUCAGUAUCUUAUGGCGGCAUAGCAGCAUUGCCCCAGGGUCAGUGUGGUGUCCCACAAGGCUCUGUUCCAGGCCAGUUCAGAAGUGACUGAGUUGUCAUUAGGUGCCCUAAUGCUUCCUCCAUGGAUGACUCUAAACCUUGUUUUUUUACAACCUUGUUUUUGAGAGCAGGAUUCACAAAUCCUUACCAUGAGACUAAUGUAAAUGAGGGUAGUGAUAAUAUACACUGAGUGUACAAAACAUUAAGAACACCUUCCUAGGGGCUGUUAUGGUGACCGUAUUACCGCCACA